CCUGCUGCUGCUGCUACUAGACUUAGUCCUCUGUUCUUAAAGAGAGGGCAGAAUAGAAAUUAGAAAAAGGCUUUCAAGAAAGAAACAGAUCUGCGAAGCUCUUAAUCUGCUCAACAAUGGCGUCAAAGCUACUCCUUCUCUUGGUCUUUGUGUUUGAUGUCAUCGCUUUUGGGUUAGCCAUUGCAGCUGAGCAAAGGAGAAGCACUGCAAAGAUAGUUGAAGACUCUGAUGCCAAAAGAAACUAUUGUGUAUAUGACUCAGACAUUUCAACUGGCUUAGGAGUUGGAGCAUUUCUCUUCCUGAUGGCUAGCCAGAUCCUCAUAAUGGUGGCUAGCCGCUGCUUUUGCUGCGGUAAGCCUCUGAGUCCGGGCGGUUCGAGGGCUUGGGCCAUCAUUCUCUUCAUAACUUGCUGGGUGUUCUUUUUAAUCGCCGAGAUUUGCGUACUCGCGGGUUCUGCUAGGAAUGCAUACCACACCAAGUACAGAACAUUGCUUACUGAUACUCCUCCCUCUUGUCAAAUGCUGAGAAGAGGAGUGUUUGCUGCAGGAGCAGCUUUCAUUUUCUUAACUUCCAUUGUUUCGCAGUCUUACUACGUUUGCUACUCGAGGGCCCGGGAGAGCUUCCAAUCACACAACAAAGACACUGGCAUCGGCAUGAGUUCGUACCGAUGAGAUUCGUUGUAAAUGUCGUUUUUUCGAUCACGUUCUGUUUCGAUAUAGUUUUGCCUUACAUUACACGGUUUGUAGCUUUCAAUCCAGUUUAUAGAAGCCUAUAGGUUGUCGUCUUUCUCUACCGUUCUAUGUUUCAACGAAACUCCGUGGUCGAUGUCUUCGUGUCGGUAUCAGAAAAACAUUGCUAGAAAAUGAAGAUUUAUGUUGCAGGAUAAUGUUUCUUA